AUGGCCACGCACCGGCUGCUGCUGCUGCUGGCCGUGUGGGUGCUGGCUGCCGAGCUGCGGCUGAGGGCCGAGGCCGGGGUGGCACCCUACGGAGUGAAGCUUUGCGGCAGGGAAUUCAUCCGAGCCGUCAUCUUCACCUGCGGAGGCUCCCGGUGGAGACGGUCAGACGCCCUGGCCCACGAAGCUACGGGCGAUGCCUUUCCAGACGCAGACUCCGACGCAGACAGCGAGCUGGGUGAAGCAGUGGCCUCCAGCGAGUGGCUGGCCCUGACCAAGUCCCCCCAGGCCUUCUACGGGGGGCCACCUGGCAGGCAGGGACCCCUGGGGUUUCUUCGGGGUGGCCGUGAUGUCCUGGCCGGCCUCUCCAGCAACUGCUGCAAGUGGGGCUGCAGCAAGAGGGAAAUCAGCAGCCUCUGCUAGACCAGGGGCCGGCGGCCGGGCACCAGGUGGACGCCCUCACCCUGCCGUCUGCCCAACAAGAGCUGGGCAGCUGCCUCUGACUCUCCACAUGCUCAUCCAUCAGCGAGUCCCGGAGGCCGGGCUGUGGGCGCCGACACAGUCCCGGCAAACAACUCUGAUCUGGGACCAGCCUAUCCUGACCCUGAGCGAGCUGUGCCCCUACCUGGCCAAAAGGGGACCCUUGAUCCUGACCCCUGGCCUCUCCCGGGCCCAUAUCAUGCCUCUGCCUGGCCCACACUGUCCCCUGCUGCAACGGUGGCCCUGCUCUACCCAAACUGGCCACACUGAGCCCCUGGCCCAGACUGUGACUCUCUCCUGCCCUAGCUGUGGCCACUGUCCCCUGGCCGGCUCCAAUCAUGCCCUGGCCCCGUGCCAGCCUUUGACCACUCUCUUCCCCCUGCCUUCCAGCCCCCCACCCCCAGCCCCGCCUGCUGGGGUUCUAAUGCUGUGGCCUCGGGACCCCUGUGUUCCCCUCCCAUCCUGGGCUGGGAGGCUGCGUGGGAGGUCGGAUCAGAACCUUCUCCAACCCCAGUUAAUAAAAGUUUCA